AUGGCAAACAAUUUCAUAUUCAUUGGUUAUUUAUUGUUAUUAACAGUAGAAUCUUGUCCAGCUGUAAUUAUUAUACAGAAACUGAGCAUUGACAAUGUUAAUAUUUACUUGACAAAAAAUGCAGUGCAACUGCAGGUGCAAGUAAAAUGUUGGAAAAGUAGAGUGAGGCAAUCGGAUGGCACUGAGAGUGUGAGCCGAGGAUGCACCGCCUCUGUUGAUCAAAUGUUGCUCAUUUGCAACAAACAAUUACCGCCGAAACUUGUCGAGUCCAUCAGUAGUCAUAAUUAUAAGAAACGACAUGCGAAGGAAUCGAUGGGAGUGCAAUAUUUUGUUGAAUGUUGCCAAACAGAUCUUUGUAAUGGAGGUCCAUUCCCGAUUUUGGACACCCUUAGCAAAGAUGUCGUGGAAGAAAAUUAUGCGCUUAAAUUGAUACUGUGCAUUCUCGGUCCCAUCAUCGGGAUUUGCAUAAUCGCGGGAUUAGUGAUAUUUUAUUUAAUGGUGUACAGAACGAGGAGAAAACGAAACAUGGCAGCGAGACGUAGCAAACUAGUAAUGGAUUCAGAGAUGGAACCUUCUAUAUUGCACUUCUCGUUCUCUUCACCGAAUUCGAGUAAUUCGCACGAGUUAAAGGCGACAGCGGCUGGGGAUAGUACAUUAAAGGAAUACCUGGACGGACGUAGUUUAACAAGUGGUUCCGGUUCCGGUCUGCCCCUUCUGGUACAGCGUACACUGGCUAAGCAAAUAUCGUUAGUAGAAUGUUUAGGCAGUAAUGGUGGUUUCUGCGGAGAGGUGUGGCGGGGUAUAUGGCACGGGGAGAACGUAGCCGUGAAGAUUUACUUCUCUCGCGACGAGUCCGCUUGGGCCCGAGAGACCGAGGUCUACUCACAGUUGUUAUCUCGUCACGACAACAUCCUCGGCUACGUGGGCAGUGAUAUGACCAGCCGGGCCUCGUGCACCCAGCUGUGGCUAGUUACUCACUUCCAUCCGAUCGGCUCGCUCUUCAACUACUUAAACCGGACUCACUCCCUGAUGCAUCAUCAGACUUUGAACGUGUGUCUGAGCAUCGUUAAUGGUUUGCUUUAUUUGCAUACGGAAAUCAAUGGGACGAAGGGGAAACCGGCUAUGGCCCACAGAAAUUUGAAAUCGAAGAACGUGUUGGUUAAGAAUAAUGGGACUUGCGUGAUCGCGGAUUUCGCGUUAGCGGUGACGCAAGAGAGGCUGAGCAGUGAUAAAGUGGAAGUAAGGGUGGGAAGUAGGAGGUAUAUGAGUCCAGAAAUACUGGAGCAAACGAUAAACGCCGAGUGCCUAGAAAACUUUCGCCGUGCGGAUAUCUACAGCUUGGGCCUAAUAAUGUGGGAGGUGUGUCGCAGAUGUAUAAGCAACGGAGUUGCGUUAGACUACGCGGCACCUUAUUCAGAAUGGGUCAGCGCUAAUCAAGAUCCGUCUGUUGAGGAGAUGAAGAAAUUGGUGUGUAUGGAUCAACACAGGCCACCGCUUCCAAACAGGUGGCACUCCGACCCGACGCUGGCUGGUCUGGGUAAACUGAUGAAGGAGUGCUGGCACGGGAAACCAGCAGCCCGAUUACCGAUUCUCCGAGUUAAAAAAACGCUGGUGAAGCUGGCGGCUAACGACACGCGUGUCCACCUCGCCCUAGAUUAAUUAUCAACUCUGGAUAUUUAUUAUUUUACGCGAGAUUUCUGCUGAUAUUAGAUAUAGACUGUGGAUUUUCAUUCGUCCGUGCAGGACCUCGCAUCUUCGGAACAUAGUAAGUGUACUAUACAAAUUUAUCUGGAUCUUAUUUUUUCAUUUCUAUUAACAUGAUUAGUGGAUAUAGAAAAAAAUUUCUUGUGUAGCACAGAGUCUAUUGACGGCAUAUUUAUGCGAUAUUUUUCUAUGCUUUUUGAAAAACGUUUCUACGGGCUACGACAUUUACAGCACUUAGGAAUUAAGCCCCAUAAAAUUAGAAACUAAAUGUUAACGACGUUAAUCUUUUUACUUUGAUUUAAGCAAUGCAACUACAGAUGCAAUUGAAAAUUUGCGCGAGAUCGUAAUUACUUAUAAUAGAUUUAAAAAAAAAAGAUGGAAUUUAAAUUAAAUUUCAUUUUACUAAUUGAAUAUUCUAGCUUGAAAUAU